UCAUCAAGGCUGUCAAAGCCACGAUGAAGCAUCUCUGGGCUAGUCCGUUUCCUAAUUUCAGUUUACCUUAAGGUCACCAUUUUGUUUUCUUCGGAAAGAAAGUUCAGCAUUGGCUUGCCUUUGACUUUUACUUUCCGAGUAUAAAAUCCCAUCUCCCUAUGGACUCCUUAUCAACAACUUAAUUUUAAGAUGCCAUUCCGGCCCUUCUUUCACAUCACAAACCUGUCCGACAGGAGGCGGUGACCGAGCUACUACCCUCAGGAUGGGAAACAGCACAUCCUCAUCUGUGGGGAAGUCAACAGCUACUGCUGUGAACCAGAUCCAAGAAACAAUUUCUAACAAUUGUGUGGUGAUUUUCUCAAAAACAUCCUGUUCUUACUGUUCAAUGGCCAAAAAGAUCUUCCGUGACAUGAAUGUCAACUAUAAAGUUGUGGAAUUGGAUAUGCUGGAAUAUGGUAGCCAGUUUCAAGAUGCUCUUCACAAGAUGACUGGAGAAAGAACUGUUCCAAGAAUAUUUGUCAAUGGAGCGUUCAUCGGAGGUGCAACUGACACUCACAGGCUUCACAAAGAAGGGAAAUUGCUGCCACUGGUUCAUCAGUGUAAUUUAAACAAAAGCAGGAGGAAAGAAGUUGAAUGAUGUGGAUAGACACUGUGACUAGUCAAAUGUUAGCUAACGCAACCCCACGUUUAAGUCGUUUGAGGAUGUUUCAUGCAUGUGUAUUGCCUUCAUAAAGACGACUCAAUGAACAAUAAAUUGUUGUGGGUCCAUC